GAUUAUACUAUUGAUGCUUUGUCUAUUUACUAUAUUACUAUAUUUGUUGCAGGUGAUCAAAACUUACAAUGGGGAAUACACUAAAUUAUAAUCAAUAAAAUAAUUAUUAAUCCAAUUGUAGUUCUUGUUUAAGCAAACUUAUUUGUGGGACAUGCAAGACCAAUUUUAAUAUGUAUAAUGGAUAAUGUGUGGCUUAGUGUCCACAUUAUUCUACUUUCGAUGGUUUUGUUUGCAAGGAUAUUACAGAAUAAUAUCCAUUAGCCACACAUAUACUCAGGGCCUUUUAUGAUAAUCUAAUCCCUAAUUUCAUAAUAGAGAAUGCAAAAGGCAUCAAUUCAUUUUAUUAGAAUCAGCUUGAAACUUAUUAUGAUGGGAUUAGAAAUUUUGGUGGAUUGAAGAAUAAUGGCAACCAAUAUUUUUACAAGUAAUUCAACAAUCUACCACCACAUUACAACUUAAUCUUGUAGUUAAAUGUGAGGACAUUUGAUUUUCUGAAAUUAAAAUCAUCAUCAAAUAGUGUUUCUAUUUAUAUCGAUAAUUUAUUAGUAAGAAAGAUUAAAUAUAGGUAAAGCAUAAGAGAUUCAAAUAGAAUACAUUCAUACAUCCAAUUAGUUAAUUCUGGCCAUGAUGUCUGUUCCAUAAGCUGAUACUUCUUUUAGUUUUGGAAUUUCAAAUAUCAAUAUUAUGAUUUAAAGGUGCUACCCUAUGUGUAGAUCUUGUAUUGGCCAUAAUGAGACUGAUGUACUUAAUGGUUAAUCGAAUAGAAUUCUCAGGAUCGAAAUUGCAAUAAGGGCUUUAUUUUUGAUAUGGAAUAAUAAUAAAAGUGUUUGUUGGAUCCUGUCGGUUGUCAGAAAUGUUCAGAUUAGGAAACAUGUUUGAAAUGCGAAGAUCCAUUCAUUCAAUAGGGAAGUAGUUGUUAUGGUUUGAAUGGAUACGUUGAUGAAUUCACCUUAGAUUGAAU